CUGAUACUCCAGCUGCCCUUUGCAUCCGAUCCUGACAAUGUCUGGCUACACUCUGACCUAUUUCCCUGUGAGAGGAAGGGCUGAAGCUAUCCGGCUGCUGUUGGCAGAUCAGGGCGUUGCCUUCAAAGAUGAAGAAGCACAGAUUCCACUCUGGUUUGCGGGGAAAGAUGACAGAAAGAAACAUGCGGUAUUUGGGCAGUUGCCUCAGUUUAAGAAUGGAGAUUAUACCCUGUAUCAGAGUAACAGUAUCCUGAGGUAUCUGGGGCGUAAACAUGGACUGAAUGGAAGCAAUGAUGAGGAACUUGGUCACAUAGACAUGGUGAACGAUGGCGUGGAAGAUCUGAGACAGAAAUAUGUGCGCCUUAUCUUUACUGAAUAUGACACGGGUAAAGAUAAAUACCUUGAGGCCCUUCCCCAGCAGCUGGAGUUCUUCGAGAGGAUCCUCUCUAAAAAUCACAAUGGAUCUAAGUUUAUUGUGGGACAGAAGAUUUCCUACGCUGACUAUAACCUUCUGGAUCUCCUUCACUGUCACCUUGACUUGUCUCCAAAGAGCCUUUCAGCCUUCCCUUUGCUCAGCGCCUACGUUGAAAGACUUAAUUCAAGGCCCAAACUCAAUGAGUACUUGAAAUCUGAGGCCCGAAACAGACGCCCUAUCACCCCCAAGCACAAAUGAGAAUUUUAUUUAUUAUUUAGCCCACUGUGUCUCAGCAUCUACUAAGAGUUGCACCAAGGAAGUACCUGAGGUACCUAAUUAGCAUUAGCAUUCAAAUAAAUACCAUUUAUAUACAAA